AUGGCGAUGGCCGCGCGGCCGCAGACGCCCUCACAGGAUGCAUACAUGAUCCCGCAACCCAACGACCCAGGCGCCCUCAGUCGCAGAUACGGAUCCCAGUCCUCCCGACCUCACUCGUUCGCCGGCAGUUCAGCAUACUACGGUACUGGUGCCAUCGAAUCCACGCAGGUCCCUCACAAUCCCCGCUUUAGAGAGGACUUCGAUACCGCCAGCCGUCGCAGUUCGGUCGCGCUCGAUAACCCGGUGCCACAGCGCUCGGUCUCGCAGAUGUCCCACGUGCGCUCCGAGACCCCCUCCCGCACGAGUACCUUAAGAAAGAAGGCUUCCCUGAACAAGAAGGGCAGCUUGCGACGGAAUGGAAGUCGCCGAAGCAUGCGCGCAGGCAGCGUGCGCAGUCUGAGCCUGGGCGAUCGGGAAAAGUACCACACUGAAGGUUCCGACGAUGUCAACAGCGCUUUCUCCGUUCCUAUCCCGACUACUGGGAACCCGACCGAAGUGCUGGCAAACCGGUUUGGAGCUUGGCGCAAGGUCCUCAAGGACUUGAUUCUUUUCUUUAAGGAAGUGCAAAAGUCCUAUGAAACUAGGGCGAAGCUAUUCCUAUCCGCCUCCAAUGUUGUUAACAACCAGAGCCUGCCGACGGCAUUCCUGGAGUCUGGUGGUCUCGCCGAUGCGACCGAGAUCCUUCGUGACUUCCACCGACAGGGUUAUACAGAAGCCAACAAGGCUGUUGAGGUGGAGGUGGAGGUAAUCAGCCAAUUGACUGGUCUGCGGAGCGAUCUCCAGAAGAAGACCAAGGAGAUCAAGAACCUCUCGGGUGAUUUCAAGAAUACGGUUGAGAAGGAGAUUGACGGUACGCGCAAGUCUGUGCGGAACUUGCACGAAGCUCUGGGGCUUGUCGAUACCGAUGCUUCCGCAACAUCCGGCAAGGGCGAUCCAUUCAUCAUGCGCCUAAAUGUAGAGAAACAGGUCGAGAAGCAGAUUGAGGAGGAGAACUACCUACACCGAGCCUUCUUGAACUUGGAGAACUCUGGCCGUGAGCUUGAGUCGAUUGUCGUGAGCGAGAUCCAGAAGGCAUACAAUGCCUACGCUAGUAUCCUCCGCCGCGAGGCCAAUGAGGCACUCGAUACAGUAGAGAAGCUCCAGGCGGGUCCAAUCUCCAUGCCCCAAGACCACGAGUGGAACUCGUUUGUCGCCGACACCGACGAGCUGGUUGAUCCUCGGAUUCCCCUCCGGAAUGUGGAGAACAUCACCUACCCCGGCAAGGAUCAUCCGGCUGCUGCCGAGAUCAGAGCUGGAAUGUUGGAGCGCAAGAGCAAGUAUCUCAAGAGUUAUACUCCUGGAUGGUAUGUCCUGUCGCCGACGCAUCUCCAUGAGUUCAAGUCAGCGGAUCGUGUGGCAUGGCAGACUCCUGUCAUGUCGCUCUACUUGCCAGAGCAGAAGCUUGGCUCUCACUCACAGGAAGACUCUAGCUCUCACAAGUUCAUGCUAAAGGGCCGGCAGACCGGUGCGAUGCACCGGGGCCACUCGUGGGUCUUCCGCGCCGAGUCCCACGAGACCAUGAUGUCAUGGUAUGAGGAUAUCGAGAGUCUGAUCAACAAGACCGGUGAAGCGCGCAAUGCUUUUGUGCGGAAGCACGUCCGCAGCGUCAGCGGGCGAUCCAUGAACAAUGAAGUGAUGGAAGAUGAUGAGGCUGAUCGCACCCCAUACUCCGCGGGCUCUUUGGUCCUGGCCUCCGAACGACCAACUUCUGCCACUCGCCAAGCUGGGGGUGCCUUUCCCAGCGACGUCCAGAUCGACCGUCACCUCCAGGCACCCUUGUCUCCAUCAAGCGGGGACAGCUCCGCGGGCCGAGACAUGCUAGCCGCGGCCGGGUCAUACCAUGACGGCUCCAAUAACUUUGACGAUGGCUCACGGCCACCGGGUAGCCGCGAGAGCAGUUCCCAUCGACCCUAUCGUAACGAGGAGAUGUCUACGGAACGAUCUCGCCCCCCAAUCACCCAGCACGAUAGCUACUACGGUGACUGGAUCGGCCCGGCAGCAAUAGUCGCCAAGCAGAAGCAGGCGCAGCUGCCGUCUUCCAACCCAGAUGAGCGGGACAUCAGAUCUGACGGAGAUGUCGCUUCUCUUGCUGCCGUCUCAAAUGUUGGUAUCGCUGACCGUCGUGAUCAUUCAGCUCCACCCCAGGUGACUCGUCGCGAAAGCGUAUCAACGGCACCCACCAACACAAACACUACGGACUACACCAACAACACCAAUGCUACCUCGGUUGAUGGGAAUCAGGAGGUUCCCAAGAUCCUGGCUGCCGGUGUUCCAUACCGUACCAUGGAAGACGAUUCAAUCCAAUUCUCUGGCGGUGUCCCUGGAAAGGUCCCACCUGAACUGCUUCGUACUAAGACGGACAGUAUCGUCGCCUUGGAUAUGAAGAUUCCUGGCCGCUAUCCCCCUACCAAUGUGGCCGCAUAA